GCCGAUUUCGGCGGCGGUAAUCUCGCGUACUUUAACGUCUCUUUCAAUAGACUUUCCGGCGAAAUCCCGCCGGAAUUUGCGGGAAGAAUCCCAACAAAUGCAACCUUAGAUCUUUCGUUCAACAACCUGACCGGGUCAAUACCGGACUCGAAUCUUUUCUCCAACCAAGACACAAAGUCGUACUCCGGCAACCCCGAGUUAUGCGGCAAGCCGUUGGAAAACCUCUGCCCGAUUCCAUCUUCCGCCGCCGCUUUGCCAAAUGCCUCCGUACCGGAAUCUCCUCCGGCAAUCGCCGCCAUACCGAAAACCAUAGAGUCCAACCCAGCAACUGCCUCACCCGACGGCGCAAACCCGCCCCAAGCGAAACGAACCGGGCUGAGGACCGGAACGAUCCUGGGAAUCGUCGUCGGCGAUAUCGCCGGAAUCGGAAUACUCGUCGUGAUUUUCGUAUACGUUUAUCACUUAAAGAAAAGGAGAAUCGUGGAUAAAGCCAUCAAAAAGGAGGCGGAAAGCGCGCGUGAUUUCGACUGGGCUUCCUCCGCAUCCUCCUCGGAAGAAUACAACUGGCUGAGAAGCUGGACCUGCUUGAAGAAACAGAGACACGCCGCCGCCGACGGCGAAGAAACCACCUCGGAAUCAACCAACUCCGACGGCGAAGAAACUACAAAUUCAAUCAAAAACCACGAAAUGCACGCCGCCGCCGCCCAAUCGGAGAAGAAAACCGGAGCCCUAGUAACGGUGGACGGGGAAAAGGAGCUGGAACUCGACACGCUGCUGAAGGCGUCGGCGUACAUAUUAGGCGCGUCGGGGUCGAGCAUAAUGUACAAGGCGGUUCUGGAAGACGGGACCACUUUCGCCGUCCGGCGAAUCGGGGAGAACGGCGUGGAGCGGUUUAGGGAUUUCGAGAACCAGAUUCGGGUCAUCGCGAAAUUGGUGCACCCGAAUCUAGUCCGGAUCCGAGGAUUUUAUUGGGGCACCGACGAGAAGCUCAUCAUCUACGAUUUUGUUCCUAAUGGCAGCCUUGCUAACGCGCGUUACAGUAAGUCCAGUUUUCCCCCAAUUAUGGAGCCCAAAAUCGGCGACUUCGGCCUCCAACGCCUCGUCGCCGGCGACAACAGCUCCAAAACCGCGGGCGGCUCCGCCCGUAACAACUUCGGCAGCAAACGCUCCACCGCCUCCCGAGACAGCUUCCAAGACUACGCCGCCUCGAGCGGCGGUGGUGCCACCCCGAGCCCCAGCCCUAGCGUGAUCGGCCUUUCCCCUUACUACGCGCCCGAAUCCCUUCGGAGCCUCAAGCCCAAUCCGAAACUCGACGUGUUCUCGUUCGGCGUCGUCCUUUUGGAAUUGCUUACCGGGAAGGUGAUCGUGUCGGACGAAACGGGGCCUGCAUUGGUCGUCGGGGGCGCCAUGUCAGCGUCCGACGAGGACAGGGGAAAAGUAGUGAGGAUGGCCGACGCGGCGAUACGUGGCGAGAUGGAAGGGAAGGAAGACGCCUUGCUGGCAUUGUUGAGAUUAGGGUACGGCUGUAUUUGUCCGGUCCCGCAGAAGAGACCGUCGAUGAAGGAGGCGCUUCAAGCGCUCGAGAGGUUUCCGUGUUCCUCGUUUUCUUCGUCGUACUAUUAUGGUUCGUUGUGAUGCGCAUGGACGAAUAACGGUUCGAUAAAAUGGAGCUCCGAUUCAUCUGGAGAGAUGUGUAUGUAUGAUUUUUCACUGACAUGUAAUUUUUUUUUUUUUAAUUUUCUUAGAGAGAGUGUUUAUUGUAAUCAUCGUAGGAUUUGUUGUUGUUGUUCUUCUAGUAGUUGUUCUGGAUUGUUCUUAGCUUUGUCUGACUGUCGUGUUGUGCUAAUUUUUCAACUGGGCCCCCCGUGUACUUUUUUAAUUACUUUUUGGCACCUAGAAAAACAUUUAUUAAAAAA